AUGUGGAAGCGCAAAUUCUCCGCAGCCGGCGGAGAUGCUUCCGCCGAACCUUCCGCCUCGCGCGGCCGUGGUGCGGGCGGGAGCGGAAGCGGAAGCAGCGGAUUCGGCUUCGUGCGCUCGGGGGGAAGCGCGUACACGCCGCCCGUGAAUCCUGCCGGCUCGUACGGCGGCUUCGGCGGAGGAGGAAGCUACGCCGGCUACCGCAGCGGCUCGGGUCGGCGGUCGCUGCCGGACGACGAGGACGACGAUAUAGCGGAUAUCGAGUACCGCGAUGACGGGGAUGCGGGGGGCGCCACGACGGCCACUGGUUUUGGGGAAGGAGAAGACGACGAGGGAAACCGACGCGCGGCGGCGGCGGGAGAGGAGGAGGAGGAUCCGCUCGACGUGUUCAUGUCGGGCAUUGAGCAGAAGGUGAAGGAGGACGCGGUCGCCGCCACUUCGCGCGCGGCGGCGGCGGGCGCGAAGGGCGGAGAAUCAGGGGAAGCCGCAAAGCCGGAGCGGGAGGACUGGCGCGCGGAGGAGGAGGAGGCGGAUCUGCUCAACUCGUUCCUGCGCGCGCGCAAGAGCGCGGGGCUGUCGGUGGCGGCGGACGCUGUGAUGGGGCGCGGGUACGACUCGGACGAGGAGGUCUACGCCGCCGCGAAAGCCGUCGACGCCGCUGCCGCCGCCGCGGCCGCCGCCGGCGCUGCGGGCGGCGCGGCUGGGUCCGCAUUAGAGUACGACUCGGACGAUAACCCGAUAGUGGCUGACUCGGUAACGUCGUUAAAGAGCAAGAUGGACGCGCUAGGCCACGUAGACCAUUCCGCGAUCGAGUACGACGAGUUCGAGAAAGAUUUCUACCAGGAGCAUCCUGACGUCACCGCCAUGUCAGCAGCCGACGUGGCGGCGCGGCUCGCGGCGCUCUCGAUCCGCACGUCGGGCUUCGACGUGCCGCGCCCGAUCAGCGCGUUCGCGCACGCCGCGCUCCCCCCCGCGCUGAUGGGCGCAGUGCGCAAGCACGGCUACUCCGCGCCCACGCCCAUCCAGUCCGCCGCGCUCCCCGUCAUCCUCAGCGGCCGUGACGUCAUCGGCGUCGCGAAAACCGGCUCGGGAAAAACCGCCGCGUUCGUCCUCCCUCUGAUCGUCCACGUGGCGGACCAGCCGCGCGCGGGGCGCGGGGAGGGCCCGAUCGCGCUGAUCUGCGCGCCGACGCGCGAGCUGGCGGCGCAGAUCCACGCGGAGGCACGGCGCUUCGCGAAACCCCUAAACCUCCGCGUGGCGGGCGUGUUCGGCGGGAUGUCGAAAUUCGAGCAGUUCAAGGAGUUGAAAGGGGGCGUGGAGGUGGUGGUGGCGACGCCCGGGCGGCUGAUCGACAUGCUCAAGAUGAAGGCGCUGUCGCUGCGACGCUGCACGUUCCUCGUGCUGGACGAGGCCGAUAUGAUGUUCCACCUGGGCUUCGAACCGCAGGUGCGAGCCAUCGUGGCGCAGAUCCGCCCCGACCGCCAGACGCUGCUCUUCUCCGCCACCAUGCCGCGCCGCAUCGAGCGCCUCGCGCGCGACAUUCUUACCCACCCCGUGCGCAUCGCCGUGGGGGAGGUGGGCGCAGCAAACACGGACGUGCGGCAGCAGGUGGUGGUGCUGGCAGGGGACGACGGGAAGGUCCCGUGGCUGCUGGGGGAGCUGGGCACGCGCGUGGACGAGGGCGACGUGCUCGUGUUCGCCGGGACAAAAUUACGAGUUGAUGCGGUAACCGCGGCGGUGGCGGGCGCGGGGUUUAAGGUCGGCGCGCUGCACGGGGAUUUGGACCAAUCGCGGCGCAGCGAGGUGGUGCGGCAGCUGAAGAAGGGAGACUUGCAUGUGGUUGUUGCCACGGAUGUAGCAGCCAGGGGAUUAGACAUCCGAUCCAUCAAAACGGUUAUUAAUCUGGACAGUGCGCGGGACAUGGACGCUCAUGUGCAUAGAGUGGGGAGGACGGGCAGGGCGGGGGACACGGAUGGAGUGGCGAUUUCGGUGGUGACGGGGAAGGAGGCGCGGUUUGCGGGCGAGCUGGUUGGGUGCCUCGUGGCCGGUGGGCAGGAGGUGCCUCCAGAGCUGCUGGAGCUGGCGAUGAAGGUGAGAGCGAGAGCAGGAAGGGGGGGGGGGAUGGUGAGGGUGGGUGCUAGUGAUGAGAGCGAGGGGGCGAGCUGGUGGGGUGCCUCGUGGCGGGCGGGCAGGAGGUGCUGGCUGAACUGCUGGAACUGGCGAUGA